GUUCUUGCAAGCUAUAUGCCUGUUUUCCCUUAUCUUAUUAAAAAUGUCAUCCAUAAUACCUCCAAAUAAUCCUUUAGAAGAAUAUAAUAUGAAACGUUUUUAUAACUGUGUUUUAUCUCAAACAUUAUCCGCAUCGGGCAACUUUUUAUUUGCCGGCAAUCGAUUUGGCGAUAUAUUUGUGCAGAAUAUAGUUGAUACACAAAACGCCAACGAACCUCGCGCGCCAAUUAAAAUUUAUUCUCAAGGAAAAAAUGUGGAAAUUAAUAGUUUAGCGUUUCACAUUGAUUUUCUGAUCGUGGGCUCUAUAGGUAUAAUUUACGGCCUAAUAUGGUUAGAAGAGAAAGGAGAAUUAAUCAAUAAGCGAUCGUGGGAAGUGAAUAUACCUCUAGAAGUGAAUGCUAUGGAAGUACCUGAUGUAAAUUGCAUGUGCUUAAGAUCUUCCACAAAUCGUUUAUAUGCAGGUUGUGGUGACAACGCGGCUUACGAAAUUGAUUUAAAUGAUGGCCGCAUUAUGCGCGACUUUCGAGGACACGAAGAUUAUAUCCAUAGCAUUUCCGGCAUAGAAGACAAAAAUCUUUAUACUGCAUCUGAAGAUGGUACGGUGCGCUUUUGGAGUUUGGAGCAAGCGGAAUCAACUAAUAUGAUAGCGCCAUAUAAAAAGGAUCAAUUAAUGCGACCGGAAUUAGGCAAAUGGUUGGGUUCGGUGGCUUCGAAUGGUGACUGGUUAGUAUGUGGUGGUGGGCCUAAAUUAUCAUUAUGGCAUUUACGAGCAAUGGAGUAUACGAGUGAUUUCCCGUUUUCUGGCAAGAUACAUAUAUGUGAUUUCGUUGAAGACAUGAUCUUCGUAGGCGGUGAACAUUCAAAUGCUCAAUUUUAUGCUAUGAACGGUCAUACAAGAGCAGACAUUAAAACUGACAAUACGACAAUAUACUCAGCGGCUUUCAAGCUAGAACCCCAAAGAUUUAUGUCGAUCGCUGGAUUCAGCAAUUGGCUUUCGAUUUUAAAUGAUUUUCGUUUUCUUGAUAGCAAAAUUGAGCUUUAUGUGAACAAGAAUCAAACUAAUGUGGAUAAUGAAAAAAGAAACAAAUAAAAAAUAAUU